UCUGUGACUGUGAUUCCCUUGGGCUUCGACGUCAAUGGCGUACCAUCCAGUUUGUUUCUCCGGCGACGAGGAGAGCACCUGCUUCUACUGCAAGCGCGGAACGGCUCAGCUCAGGCCGGGCUGGCGGCUCAGCAACGGCGGCUACGCACAGCUCUGCGACGAAUGCGCGUCUGCUUAUGAGGAUGGUACAUUCUGUGAAACAUAUCACCCUAAUGCUGAUGGUUGGAGAAACUGCAAUACUUGUCAGAAGCUACUCCAUUGUGGAUGCAUUAUGUCAGCGCAUGCAUUUGUAGUAUUGGAUUUUGGUGGGGUUAGCUGCAUGGAUUGCUCAAGGAAUGACUUUAUUCAGGAUACCCCCGAGGCUCAGCAGAAAUUGGAUGAACCCCAAGCGGUUGGACUGUGUGAUGUUUCUGUUGAAAUGGCUGUUGAAAUUCAGUAUGAGGCGCAUCUAAGCGCAAAACGUGCUCCAGCGGUGCCCCAUGCCACCCCCGGUGAAACGGCGUUUCAAAAUGUUAUUUCCAGUGCCCCAUAUAAUGAAUCAUCCCCUCUAACUGAUUACGGAGUAAUGAUCUCUUAGAAUUCCUAUCAUGGAGCAGAAUUCAAGUCCCCCGAAAGAUUUCCUUUGUAUGAUCAAUGUCUGGCUGCCGAAACCAAAAAGGAACUACAGAAGACUUCUGAGAAGCUUCCUCCGAUAAGUUUUUACUGAUGCUGCGUCCCCAUUGCAUUAAACAAUGUGUCCGGUAACAUUUGCAGCUAUUUCUAAUGCGGAUUUGGAGAAGUUGCAAUAUUGUCUUCACCGAGUAGGAACUU